ACCACUGAAGAAUGGACCACAGUAGCUGGCAAGGAUGAACUGGGUCUGCCUGCCAAUGUAGAAAGGGAGAUAAGAGGGAGAAAGAGAGAGUGAAAGAAAAGCGAGCGAGAGAAAGUUCAAAAACUGUGAGUGAAAGAAGAGAGGAACAUAUUAAAAAUGCCCAUGAGGGAUAACAUCGACAACUGCACUUGAGUAGUAUUAGCUAGAAGACCUCAGCAAACCUGCCCACCUGGAUGUGUGGAUCUGUAGACACACACACACACACGUCUGUCUCAGUCGCAGCAGAAGACGGCUCCUACCCUGCCCUACACUGUGGGGUGGUGUUUUCAGCGUUAUUCCCUGCCUACCUUACCUGUGUGAGGAGUGGUGGACAAAAGUGGAGAGGAAAUUUAGCAACUCUUAGAGAACAGUGGAAGCUGAUAAAAAUGCUUCUAUGUUAAACCAGCGGCCCGUAACCUUUUAUCAGGGUUUUAGUAGUGAACAGGUCACCACCACCAUGCCGGCUAAAGGGAAGUACCUGUUAAAUGACCAGGAGCUGAAACAUGAGGCCCUGUACAGGAAGUUCUCCUGUAUCAGCCAGUACCAGCCUCUGGUGCUGCUACUGGGCCUCUCCAUGCUGUCCUGUGGAGUCCUCAUCAUCCUCUUCUUCGCCCUGCACCUGAGUGCGGAGGAGCACUGUGCAUUUGUCAGCGUGGUGAGCUGCAGCCUGUGUGUGUUCCUGGCUGUGUUUGUGCUGGUGUGUACAGAGACCCUGACCCAGCGCUGGAGGAGACUGCUGGGUCUGGUGGUCUGGGCCACUCACCUCACCAUGGGAUUCACCUUCAUCUUCAGCGGACCCCUCAUCCUGCCCUGGGACCAGGUUCCCUUCUUCCUGUUCAUCAUCUUCACAGUGUACACCAUGCUGCCUUUCCAGAUGUGCUAUGCUGUGGUGCUCAGUGUGAUCUCCUCACUCUCUCACAUCAUGGUCCUCACUCUACGCCUCACUAUCUUCAACACCCAAGAUCCCAGUCCCUUUCUGCUGCUGUCCAAUGCGGUGGUGUUUCUGUGUGGCAGUGUGGUGGGGGCCUUCCAUAAGGUCCUGAUGGAGAGAACACUAAGACAGACCUUCCAGGAUACACUCAGAUGUCUGGGCAUCCGCAUGAAGCUGGAGAUAGAAAAGAGACAACAGGAGAACCUGCUGCAGUCUGUGCUGCCGGUCUACAUCUCCAUGAAGAUGAAGCUGGCCAUCAUGGAGCGUCUGCAAGACUGCAAGGACAAAGAAGAGCAGCAACGACUCGUCAAAGACAACAACUUCCACAGUCUCUACGUCAAGAGACACGAGAACGUCAGUAUUCUGUAUGCUGACAUUGUGGGCUUCACCCGAUUGGCCAGCGACUGCUCUCCGAAGGAGCUGGUCAUCAUGCUCAACGAGCUUUUUGGGAAGUUUGACCAGAUUGCAAAGGAGAACGAGUGCAUGAGAAUCAAGAUUUUGGGAGACUGCUACUACUGUGUGUCUGGCCUGCCUGUCUCCCUGCCCAUGCAUGCCAAGAACUGUGUGAAGAUGGGUCUGGACAUGUGUGAGGCCAUCAAACGAGUGCGCGAGGCCACAGGUGUGGACAUCAACAUGAGAGUGGGCGUGCACUCCGGCAACGUGCUCUGCGGUGUGAUUGGCCUCCGCAAGUGGCAGUUUGACGUUUGGUCACAUGACGUCACCCUGGCCAAUUAUAUGGAGUCUGGAGGCUUACCUGGGCGUGUCCACAUCACUGAGGCCACCCUGAAGCACCUGAACAAGGCCUAUGAGGUGGAGGAGGGGAACGGUGGGCUAAGAGAUGCCUACCUGAAGGAGCUCAACAUACAGACAUACCUUGUCAUUGAUCCUCGGUCUAAGGACCAGGCUCUGAACAGCCGCAGCAUGCCCAAGCCGCGUGUGAAUGACGGGCUGAAGAUGCGGGCGUCAGUGAGAAUGACCCGUUACCUGGAGUCCUGGGGCGCCGUCAAACCCUUCGCCCACCUACAGAGCAGAGAGGGGUACACCACAGACACCAUGGUCAAUGGAAAAUCACGCUGCAAGGACAUCCCUCUGCGCACAGCUCACUCGAAGAUCACUGAGAGGAACAAGUCCCAGAAGAGCAAGUUUGAUGAGGAGCUGCACAAUGAGAUGACCACCACCAUCGAUGAGCUCAGCAGCAAGCAGUGGGUGAAGUCUGAGGAGAUUAGCAGUCUGGCUGUGUGGUUCCCUAAGAAAGAGCUGGAGAAACAGUACCGAGCCAUUGAUCUGCCCAUGUUCAAGCACUACAUCGGCUGUGCCACCUUCAUCUUCUUCUGCAUCUUUGUGGUUCAGAUGUUUGUGACAAAAGAUUCCAAAAUGUUGGGAAUGUCGUUUGGAGUGCUGGCCUGUGUCCUCCUGUUGACCCUGGGCAUCUGUUUCGCAGGUCACCUGCAGCGGUUGUUUCCGGAGAAGUUGUCGUCCUGCCAGUGGCUGCCUGCUGUGUCCGAGGCAGUGGUCAAGAGGCCGUGUGUGCGCCUCCCUCUGGUCACUAUCACCACUGCGGUCAUCAUCAUCCUAGCAGUCUUCAACCUGUGCUUCAUCCAGACGAAGUCACCGUGUGAUAUCAAUGGUAACCCUGAUCUGAUUCGAUCUGACAACUCCAGUGAGCAGCAUCCAGGCAGCCUGUUCUACCUGCCGUACUCUGUGUUCAGCUGUAUCCUGGCUCUCAUAGCUUGUGGAGUGUUCCUGAGGGUGAGCUUUGAGCUCAAAGUGGUCUUCCUCAUCCUGGCCUCCACAGCCUACUACAUCAUCAUCCUCAGUGCCAAGGCUGGUCUCUUCAGCUGCUAUGGACAAAUGCUUUACAACCAACUCAAUGAAAACAGAACUGAGGACUCUGGGACCAUCCUGAGAGCGUUGGGGCUGGUCAAACACCCUGAGGUGAUGAGCUGCAUUUACAUCACCUUGUUCCUGGUCACCAUGCUCAUCAUCUCACAACAGAAUGAGUCAUGCUUCCGCCAGGACUUCCUUCUGAAGAACAAGAACCGUACGGAGCAGGAUGAGAUCGAGACCAGGGAGAACCUGAACCGCCUGCUCCUGGAGAACGUGCUGCCGGCCCAUGUGGCUGCGCUGUUUGUUGGGGAGAAUAAAAAGAACGAGGAUCUGUACUACAAGUCAUAUGACUGUGUGUGUGUGAUGUUCGCCUCGGUACCGGACUUCAAAGAGUUCUACACGGAGUGUGACAUCAACAAGGAAGGUCUGGAGUGUCUGAGGCUCCUCAACGAGAUCAUAGCAGACUUUGAUGAGCUGCUGUCCAAGCCCAAAUUCAGUGGAGUUGAGAAGAUCAAGACCAUCGGAAGCACUUAUAUGGCAGCCGCAGGGCUGAGUGGCACCCCAGGACAGGAGAAUAACCAGGAUCGAGAUAGGCAGCAGGCACAGAUAGGGAACAUGGUAGAGUUUGCCAUUGCCCUCAUUGGCAAGCUGGAUGGCAUCAACAGACACUCCUUCAACAGUUUUAGGCUGCGUGUGGGCAUUAACCAUGGGCCUGUUAUUGCUGGGGUGAUUGGAGCCAGAAAACCUCAGUAUGACAUCUGGGGCAACACCGUCAACGUGGCCAGUAGGAUGGAGAGCACUGGAGAGCUGGGCAAGAUUCAGGUCACAGAGGAGACGUCAGACGUGCUCCAGAAGCUGGGCUACUCCUGCGAGUGCCGAGGCCUCAUCAACGUCAAGGGAAAAGGCGAGCUGACAACCUUCUUUGUGUGCACAGACAUGAGCAAGCAGCAGGGAAUGGGCCUGAGCUGAGGUCUACGGUGAGCACACUACUGUGUGUGGACUCUGGGCCUGGUAGCGCAUACGUGUGCUGGGUCAGUCACAGGACACAGUCUAGCAUUCAGCACAGACUAAUUACAUGAC